GGGAGGGACGGAGUAAUACGUCAACACUGCUCUGUUUCAUGCUCUCUGUAAAGCAGGCAGGAAGGCAGUAAGCAGCUUGUUUCCUAGCCUUGACUGCUCUACUCACUACAAGCGCAUUCAGCACAGACCUGCAUCAUCUAUAGACUUGCAGGAGCUUCAGUCAUCAACCACAGCUUAUGCAGCAAUGUUCAUGUGUGACAUGAGCACCGCAUGAACACUUCACGUCGCAGCGACACGUCUUCCUCUUCCUUCCUUUUCUCUGCUGAUUGACGAGCGUCGAUCUGAGUGGCUGUGGAUUUUGAAAUUUCAAGGACCAAGCUGAAAAGGCCACUUAUUCUCAUUUUCAAUGAGAUCUUGAUUUGCUGACCUGCCAGAAAGAGGAACCGAGGUCUCCUUUGCUCUCUUCCGCAACCCUCGGCAGUGAUACGUGGAAGUACUCUGAUACCUCGACUCUCCUGCUCUCGGAUUUCCAUCUGUCCCUUCAACAGACUCCAGGAGUUCUGGCCAUUUAUUUAAAGCAGUUCCUCAUCUCCUGGUCGGAUCUCUACUUCUUGGACUGCCUGGAGCCUGGAAUGGUGCCGGGGGCCGCCGGAGGCCCCGCAAAUGACCGGUAGCAAUAGCAUGAGCAGCGGCUACUGCAGCCUGGACGAGGAGAACGAUGAUUCCGCCUUCUUCACCGCCAAGACCACCUUCUUCCGCCGAGCACAGGCUAAACACGGGGACAAGAACACCACUAAAGAGAAAGAAGAGGAGAACCAACAGUCCCUCACCGAGGAGGAGGUCAAGGCAAAGAUAGAAGAGUACAACUCUAAAGUGUCCGAAAAUGGAAUGAAAUUAGCUGCUGACGGGACAUACAACGGCUUCAUUAAGGUCCACCUGAAGCUGCGGCGGCCGGUCACACUGAUAUCAAAGGACGCGAACAGCUCAGGGAACUCGGAGAACAGCUCGGCAGCAGACGAUAUUUCAGACAAACGCACAUCCUUCUAUCUGCCCAGUGAAGCUGUAAAGCAGCUCCAUGUCAGCAGCACCACCACAGUCAGAGAGGUCAUCGAGGGCCUGCUCCGGAAGUACAUGGUGCAGGACAAUCCACUCAAGUUUGCUCUCUACAAGCAAAUGCACCGACAUGGACAGGAUCUUUUCCAGAAGCUUCCGGAUUCUGAGCACCCGUUGCUGCUUCGCCUGUUGGCGGGUCCUGAUCUAGAGAAACUCUCAUUCGUACUGAAGGAAAACGAGACUGGAGACGUAGAGUGGCAUGCGUUCUCCGUGCCCGAGCUGCACAACUUCCUGGCCAUCCUGGAGAAGGAGGAAAGUGAGAGGGUGAAGCAGGUAACGCAGCGCUACGUGGCCUACCGUCAGAAACUCUUAGAGGCUCUGCAGGAAGUACAGAACAAACCUGGCUAGUGCACUGAGCCUAUGGACAGACUCAUUAAAAACUCUCUACUUAGGAUUCCCCAAAACCCCCAGACCACCCUCAUGACCUCUGGAGCCUAAUAAAGUGACCAGAGAAGGUGUGUGAGGGGGUGUCAGGACAUAAAGAACAAGGAGAUCACACAAUCACGUCACUCAAGACGCAAACGCCACGCACAUGGAGAUCCAGGAGUGUGUUUCUGACUCACGUGGUUGAUGUUUGAAAAGGAUUUUUGUCUGUCUGUCCACAUUUCUGUAUGAUGCUGCUGCUAUGACUGCUACUGCGAGUGUUACUUAGCAUGACUUUCUUUUUCUUUAUCUUUGCUAGCGUGUCCUCCAUCAGGGAUUUUUUUUUUUAAAGUAGACGAAGAAUCUAUAUAAAAAAAAUAAAAAUAAAAAAUAGAAACUAUCAAGGCUAUAAAGAGUCCUGGAAGUGAACUUUAAGUAAGUAAAUAAAUGUAAAAGCUUAGAAUAAGUCUAUUUUAAAAGGCUGGAUCAAUACUCAUUCACACUCACUUGCAUUUUACAGCAUCAUUUUAUAUCUUAUCUAAUACCAUUAUGAACAAUGUACUCUAUUCAGACUUUCUGUACAAAUCAAUAUGCCAUUUGCUGAAAGCAUCCGCUGUGAUAGUCACACACCUUUCAAAUCAAUAACCACAACAUGUCACUUAGUAGCCAACACUGCAUAUUCAACUCGUCCAAUCAGCACUGAUUAUUGUCUAUCAUCCAUAUACAUGCAUAUGUACACUUGGAACGACGUGGAGGCUUUUUCCGUCUAAUCUAUAAACAUUAUAAAUUAGACUGGACAAUUAUAAAUUAUAAGCAUGUUCUAACGCAGGCGUCUCAAACCAAACCCUACGGAAAUGUGAAACGGCUAUAGCAUACAUGUAGAGUGUAUAGUGCGUGGGCUCUUUUGUAAGGAAGUGUGUUUCGUGUGUUUCAUCUGUUCUGGUGUGACAGGAAAGCUUAUGGAAGCGCCCAGCCUCAACACACACCCAUGACUCAGAGCUUUCCCGCAAACUGUCGCAUAUUGCUAAUUUAGUGUGUCUGGAAUCUAAUAUGUAGGAGAUGAGAUUAUAUAAUGUACUGUAGCCUGGAUAAUCAUAUCUGAUCAUCGUUUCAGCUAAGUGGGCAAAGCAAGGCUGUGGGUUGUCUUCUCAUAAGCUGAGAAACACCAUAAUGGAUUUUACACCAAAGUUAACAGGGACACAUAAGCUUAAUGUUUUUUAAUGAUCUGAAUAGAAAGCAUAUUUCAUGCAUUGUUGAUUAAAAACGAGUUACUUGGACAAGGAAGAACAGACGACCAAGUGGUGAGCCAGAAUAUAUAGUACAGUAUAUAAUAAUCCUGGCUAUUUCGUAAUGAGGGAAUGAUUUGCUUUGUAUUUUUCUUUGAAUUCUAAAAUAUUUUAACAAAGGGAUUCGUGGUGCUUUUAAGUGUGAAUGAGAUUUCAUUCUGUCUGACACUGAAUAUCAUCAUGGAGCUCAUAGCAGUGCUACUAGAAAGCACAGAAAGGUGAUGAGUAAUGAGAGAAGGUCAAUGAUGUGAACUUUACAAUCUGAUAAUAACAACUGAGUUCCAGCCUAUGGGGGUUUUGGGGGUUUUGUUUUUUUUAUUUAUUUUAUUUUUUUUAUGCCAGUUCCACCUCUGCAAUGCAAAUUAGUAGCCAGGGACAAUCCAGACUAACACUCGCUGUGUUAUGUUAGAAUGUUAGUCUUUUUUCUACAGUAUAAUCAUCGGAGUUGAAUUAGCUGCACUCAAAUGAUCACUGUUAGAAUUCAUUUAACACCAUUACUGUAAAUAAUGGCCUAACGACACAAUGAUUGGAAAUGAUGGCCAAAAAGGUCAUUGGAGGGCUUUAUUUUAGAGCCUUGUCUCCACCACUUUUUUUGCCCCUGUGCUGCCCUGCUGGCUCUGAUGCUAAUUUUACAAGUGCGCCUCCUAGAGCAUGGGAGGUAUAACAUACAGCCAUGAGUAAACUGGGUAGGACGGGUCGAAUACUUCCUUUCGGCCUGUACCACUCGCUCUUGUGUUCCCGCAGGCAGUGCCUUUUGUCUGUGUGUAGCCUUACCUGAACGUGUGUGUGUGUGUGAGUGUGUGUGUGUGUGUGUGUGUGUGUGUGUGUGUGUGUGUGUGUGUGUAAAUAUAUAUAUGUGCUCUGUUUUCUGUGUUUAUUUGCCUCAAAAGUGAGGAGAAAUGUGUAAGAGUGAAAGAAUGAACAACUGUGUGCAUAUGUGCAAGUCUGUUUAACUUAUUUUACAAUAUAUUUGGGGUCGUGGACUAUCUGGCAAAUCCUUUUCGAGGAUUCAGAUCUGUGUAUCAUCUCGGAAACUGUAAAGAUAAUGAAAAGUGAAAUAAAAGGUCAUCAUUUUAUCUGUCA